AUGGCCAUCGGAUCACUAGUCUUUGGAUAUGCCAAUGCAGUCAUCGCCAUCGUCGCCGCCCAGCCAUCCUUUCUUUUGGGCCUGAUGAACUCAUUGUACUUUGCUGGAGGCUUCUGUGGAUGUGCUGAAGCUGGAUUGGUAGCAACUUACGCAAGCUCUCCAGAAGUUCUUGCCAAUCUGAAUGAAUCAGCACUUCAAGCUGCAGUGGCAAUGUGCUAUGACAUUGGAUGGAAGUUCUAUCUUUGCUUCAUCUGUCCAUCAACAGUGGCAGCUGUGCUCAUAUACUUUGUCCUCCCGGACACACGAGGUCUCCCACUUGAGAGCGUUGGUGCACUUUGUGGCAAUGAGGUCGGAGAAGCCGAAGUGACUCAGGAUCACAUGGGGAGUGACAAUGAGAAACCUCAGAAGCACGAUGAUGACCUGAAUGGGUACAAGGAACAGGUUGAGGCCGCCGUCACUACGAAGCACGUCGAGGGGCUAUCGUGA